UUGUAUUUCUUUAAAGGACAAGAUACGCAAACUUCAUGAGGCAAAGACCAAACAUCUGGAAACACUUCUUUACUCAACAAGGUGCAUUUAAUAAUGUAUUUCGUUGUUAUGGUUUUCCGAUUUAUGAAUUCAAGUCACGAGUGGGCAGAUUAUGCAGCUGUAUUUUUACGGUCGGCAGUUAUCCAAUGUGUGAAUAAUGGUACAUUGGUAAUUAUAUGAUAUGAUAAUUAUAAAAUGAUCAUGAUAAUAAUAAUAAGCUAUAGCAUUACAAUAAUUAAUACUUAAUUAUUCUCUCCCCGUUUGAGGCUUUUCAGGGCAUAAUGAAACAAAUAAUUCAAAUGAAACAUAAUGUUCAAGGUGAAGAAUCCAAACUGGUGGGGGGUGAACCAGGUGGCUAUUUCACAAGCGUAACCCAAGAUUUGAACCCGGAACUACCAAAAACAAAUUCAUCUGGCAGUCAAGGCGGGACUUGAACUCAGAGUCUCCAUAUUGCAAGUCCACGGCCAUGCCAUUCGUCCAAGCUGCCUCCUCAAACUUUUGUAGUAAUUAUCCAGCCAUACCACUAUCUAAACAGUUUACAACUAAUCCCAUUACUUCAGUCACUAGAGCCGAGGACAAAGCAAGAGUAAAACAUUGGAUUUUUCUUUGAUUCCUCCUCACCAAUUACCCAUUGCAUUCAUUCUUUUCAUUUCAUUCAUUAUCUAAAAACAGACCAACAAGUAUAGUAACAUCUUUUUUGUUAACUGUUUACAGAGAUGAACUAGAAGACUCACAGAGACAAGUGUUAGAACUUGAGACAAAAUUGAGGUGAAUUUUUAGGGCUAAUUGAUGCAAUAUGGCUUAUGCUUUUUUUGCAUGAUUGCGUUGAGAACCUUUCUAAAUCUAUAAUUUUUUUCCACAGGGCCUACACAGUGAUGGAAGAACAGGUGAGGUGACUUUAACCAAAUCAUCUUUGUUUUCUGUGAUCUGGCAAGUUGCUGAAGUUAGAGUGGUGUUGGAGGCAGAUUGGCUAAGUGACUAGCCCAAUGUUUUAACUGCUUCAGGGUUAGGGAAAUUAAAUACAGACUGCUCCCUUCCUUUUUUCCUUUAGAGGAACCAACCUGUGCUAUGCGUCAAGUGUGGACACCAAGCUGCUCUACUUUCCAGCUCCCACAGUGAUGCGGCCAUGGAAACCAUCAACAAACUGACAAGGUACUGUUAGAGAAAAAUAUGCAAUAAUUUUUACUCCCCCCUUAGAAACUGAAACUGGGGGGGGGGGGGUCCUUUCAAAAUGUAAAAUCACACUCCUUGGUUUUUAACAACAAUUCUCAUUCAUUAAUCUUCUAUUUAUUUAUUAUAUAUCUAUUACUCAUUAUUUUAUCAAGGUACAGUAACCCGCUUCUUGACUCCUUGCGACAACGGACCGUCUGAGGACUCAAGCUAUCCAGUCAUUUUCAAAUAUUUGUUUAUUUUCGUAUAUUCUAUCAUAUAAUUUAUUUAUUUGCUUUUUUGUUGUUUAUUGUCUUAUAUUAUUAUUUUCUUUCCACAGGGAGAGAGAUGAUCUGAUGAAUACACUGACUGGCCAGAAGGCAGUCCUUGCUGAAGUUCGCCAGCGUGAGUUUGAAGCAUACAACCAAGUAAAGAAUAGCUGUCAUAUGGUGGAACAGGCCCAGUUGGAAAAAGCAGAGGUAUGCCACGCGGAAAUAUUGAAAUUUGUGGAGCUAAUUUCCAUCUUAUAGAGCCAAAGGACGUGCAGUCUACAAAAGAAUUAAUCAGAUGCAAAAGGUAUAAAGGUUCACAGAUCCCUCCCCCAUGGUUCUUCUCAUUUUUCUUUAGGUAGAGUUUUUUUUUUCUCAAGGAGUUGAGACUGACCUAACAUACAUCAGAGUGCUGCACCGGUAUCGCAGAGGUCAAGGGUUCGAAUCCCGCACAAGCCUGAAUUUUUUUCAGGCUUUCUUUUCGCAACUGCAAAAGUUGCGUAUAAUUAUAACUGCGAUGAUCUUCAUUCAUAUAAUACAUCAGACUGAAAAACAGCCCCCCUAGGUGAAGAACACGGGUGCGAGCGAUCAAGUGAAAGGUCAGGAGCGUGUGUAAAAACAGAGAGUGAGACCAAGACCUGUGAGGCUCACGCCGGCGCUUCCCGCCUUGAAAAACCGAUUUUGAAAACAAAACAAACAAAGAAGCAAAAAAAGAACAACCGAUUGUUUGUUGUCUAAACACCAAGUAAACAAAAAGUGACAUGAAGAACCUCACUGGUGGGAGAUAGCGAGAAAAGACAGGCUUGUCAAUCAAAUGUAGAGCAACGGGUAUUAUUCACAUCAGUUACAUUGGCAGGCAGUUGUCUCAAUCUGAUUCCUGUCCCUGCCUCGUACCUAGACGUCUCUCUCGCGCGCGCAAAGGAAGGCGGGAAGGAGACAUCUGCCGUCUGCACCCUUCCCAUGGCCCCUUGCGGCUCAUCACUAGUCGCUCGCCUCUACCUUGCGAAAAACGAAGCGCCUGAGGAGGAGGCUGUUCCUGUCCAGUAUUAUAUCCUCUUGGACAUUUUUCUUCUUUUUCUUGUUCAGGCAAUAAUCCACGUGCAGCAGCUAAAAGAUGAUUUACAAAAGGAACGAGAUCGUCAUGAUCAAUACAUAAAAUCAACGAGUGAAAAAAUGGAGAAAGAGCGGGAAAAUGUACGCCAAGCUUGCUUAGUGGAGGCAAAUAAACUAAGCAAACAGGUAAAUUAAAUUCAGUAUCUGACUCGUCCCCAGUCGUCUCUCAUUAUUAGUAUUCGGCGUGGAAGACUAGAACGGGCUCUUUAACAUCUUCCCCGCGGGCAUAACCCAAGCGCUUCCCUAGGAAAUAAUUAAUGAGUAGAGACAACUUAGAGAGGAGUGGGGACGAGUCAAAUUCAGUGUACAAAUCAGCCAGAGCGACUUAAUUGCAUCGUCUCAAAUUACAGGCCAUAUUUCCAAAGCUUCCCAAACGAAACAGCGUGAACCAGUUGAUUAUAAGUCUAGCCGUUUUUUUCAAAACCAACCUAACGAAAUUUGCAGUCAUUUGAGGGACAGGCGUCAAAAGGCAGGCUUUUUGGGCCCGAUAAGCUCCAAAAUCACGCUAACGAACAAGAAGGAACGAAGAAGGAGAAGAAAAAAGGCAAUGGUUGCGCUCUUGGUUUUUUUUAUAAUCGUUACUUUGGAGAUAUUGUUUGGCCGAAAAAAAGCUGUUGGACGCAAAAGGCGCAUUUGGCGGUAGCGUUUUCAAAAAUCCCGCUAGACGUAUAUAAGUAUAUUUGGUUAUGAGUACCCUUGGUUCUUCGUCCAGUCGGUUACACAACACAUGUCAAUAAUAAUAAAGUUUCAUUUGGUUGCGAAUGGAGGUAUAGGCACCAACACUUGUUUUGAGAGAGAAACGUCUUGAGUAAGUUAAGUCUGUAAGUAAUUCAGAAAGGCCUUAUAUAUUUUCUUCAGUGUUGCUGGCGGGAUAGGGCUUCCCCAAACCGGAUCUUGGUAUAACCGUAUUAAACAGCAUUUUGGUGAGUAACUUUUUAGGACAUAUUUUGUUUGGUUCCUUUUUAACAGCUAGAACAGUCAAUUGAAGCACGUUCAGCUCUUAAAAAUCAAUUGGAACGCUUGACUCGAGAAAAGGUACAAUAUGCGUAGAACGUAUUAAGCUAGUACCCUUUAGACUGCAAAGCAGUCCGUAUUUUAUUCAAAUACGAGCGAACUUUCAAACAAAAGGUCUGUAGCGAGGCUGAAAACUGAUAGCGAGACUGGGGACCCUAAGGGCGUGUGAAGCUCGUGUACGCCGCGCGUGUGAGACUGACGCCACACUAAAACGAUUUAAGAAAAAACCCGACUGUUUUGUAGUCUGUUAUCAGGUCAGUUUCGCCCCUCACCCUGAGCCGUCCUUUUCACUCUGAUUCCAUGUGUGAUAUAUGAUAGUGGUCAAGACAAGAGGACUUUUCAGUCCAAAGAAUGCUGAGAAUUUUUCGUUUUCCUUGGACUCCGUAGAAAUGUGAAUGAUUUAUUAUUUCACUGUCUUUGUUUAUUUCAGGUUGACGUUGCGACUGAACUUGAGCAGGCAAAAAGCCAAAUAAUGACGCAUGCGUCUGAGAUAGCACAGGUCAGCGGUUUCGCCUCUUUAGAAACGAGAAGGAAACUGGGCCGAGUUGAGUUUCGCAACGACUUCUGGGACAGCAACUAGCGAUAGGAAAAACAAUUGUCCAAAAGCUGACCGGCGCGUCGCCAGUAACUAUCCCAGAAACAAUUGCGGGACACACUUCCCUCCAGUUCCCUUCUCGUUUCUAAAGUGACGAAUGGUUACCAAUGAGCCGGAGCUCUUCCACAGGUUUUACCGUGGGUCAGGUAUUUAAAGCGUGGUGCUGGACGUAUCUGCCGACCUCUAACGUCCAGUACAGUCUAGCUGUCUUCGUAAAUGCCAAACCUCCUUUGUUAAGUUUGUCGUUACGUUCUAUCUCACUGCUGCCAGGUUUAGUGUUAUUUCUUGGGUGUCAAAACUAUGGAGAUAGAAAAAAUGGGUGCGCAGGUGGGACAUGAAUAUUACAGGAGAAAAAAACUAGACGUUAGUGGACUCUCUCUUGCUCGAGCUUUUAACCAACUCUCUACGUAAACGUCAAACGUCCUUAGCUAUGUCUUUCAUUACAUUAUAUCUAACUGCUCCCAGGUUUGAACGUCAAAACUAUGAAGAUCGCAAAAAAAUGGGGCAGAGAUGGGAGGAAUUAUAGUAGAGGAGGAAGAAAACUAGGCGUUACUGCACUCUCUCUAGUCUUGCUAAAGCCUUAAACCUAAUGAUCACUCCUUUUUUGUUAUCUUAUUUUAGGCGGGUGAUAAUAUGCAAAAGGAACUGGAACAAACUCGAAUGAAAUUUUCAUUGGCUUCUCAAGAGAUAACUUCUCUCAAAGCAGCGGCUCAACAAGCUCAAAGAGAAAAAGAGCAGGUAAUGUCGUCAUCAUCGUCAGCGUUACCGUCAUCGUCAUCGUUUAUCUAUAAAUCUAUCAUUAAAAGAAAAAGAAAAUGAAAAAAGAAAAAAACAACAGCAACCACCACGUAUGGUUUGCACCCUUUCAAAGGAGUGAAUGUUCUCUGACUAGUUUUAAACAUCAGUUGAAGACAGUCUCCUUUCAAGAGUCAUAUCAUAUCAGAGUCAUAUCAUGUACUGGUUCUUUAAAUAAGUUCCUUUUGUUAUUUAUAUUAUGUUGCACGGAGAUAUUCGCCUUUCUGGCUACACUAUACAAUUUUUGUGGAAGUAAAGUUCGUAUAUGUCUUUAUGUAUUGUUAUCAUCAUCAUCAUCAUCAUCAUCAUCAUAAUCAAUAUCUUGUCAUCAUGAUCGACGUCGUUAUAAGCUUUGUCGUCAUUAUCAUUAUCACCAUCAUUGCUAUUAUCACCAUCACCAUUUUUUUCCUCUUCUCAUGUUUUUACCUGUCAUAAUAACAGGUAAAACUGACGUUAUUUUUUCAUAGGAGAGAACACGCCUGAAGAGCGAAAUGGAUACUCUUCGACGACGCCUGCAAGAAGCAGAAAAAGGAUGGAUGGAGAGUAAGGAAGACUGCAUUAGAUUCACAGAGAGACUUAAUCUAGCGGAACGAGAGGUAUGUAUCUAUUGAACAAAUUUGAUGCGGCAGUAUUUUUUCUCCUAAUAUUUUGUUCUAAGUUUCUCUGUAGAAAGGACAAUUUACUUCUGUAUUCACUACUCUUUGCUAGCAAAUGAAUGUUGUAACAAAAAAUGAGAACGUUUCGUUACACGCCGAUCCCUAUGUGUUAUUCACAAACUCCGUUUUUGCACUAGUGCAGUAGUCCCAGGCCAGCUCUCGUCGCAUUUUCGUAAAAUAGUACUUCUUUCUUUAUGCACCUUAUUUCAAAAUGGCGGUAAUACCUUUUCCUUUUGUAUUUACGUUAAUUAUCCCUCUUUGCCUCGAUUAUAUUUGCAAAAUUCAAUGUUAUCUUGAAACGAGGCAUCGAGGGCCAAUUAUUAUAAUAGUAAAAGAACAACAAUAUUUGUCGCCAUUUUGGACUGAACAAGGUGUAUUGAAGCUGUCAAAUCUCCAGUGUACGUUCCGCCACUGCAGAUGCAACUAUCCCAUAUUUUUUAAUGCAGGCUAAAAGCGCUAUGACGGCAAAAGAAAAACUGGAGAAAAUAGGAGCAGAAAAGGUCGAGAAGCUUACGAAACAAAACAUGGAAAGAGAACAACAGCUCACUGCUUUGCUUAAAGAAACAGAGACGAGACACAGUAAGAAACCGAAUGUUAUCUUUCUAUUAUUCCAGGCAGAAGCGAGGAGACUUGGUUUUCAAUAAUUUCUGAAUAAGUUUUCCUGCUGGUUAAGGGCUCUUCUACCUGUAAAUUAAAAAGGAAAAAAAUCCAAUAUUAUAUAAUAAGGCACCCAUACCACAUCUAUAAUUGUUUUUUAUCAAUCUGUAGUUGAUAACAGAGAGAAUGCGGCGGCAUAAAAAAGAUUUUAAAGGCUUUGUAGCGUUUAUCCUUUGUAAGAACGAAAACGAGAGUACUUAUAACCCUAGAAAUAUUGGGUCAAUGAUGUCAGAAUUGCCUCCUGCCCCCUCUAUGAGUGACUAUCCCCGCUAGAGUAAGUAAAGUAUUACUCCUAAAUGUUGGGAGAACGAAAGUGGUACUUGAUUACUCUUUUGUACUACAGCCCAAUGCAGAACUGAGCUACAGCAAAUGUUGGAAGCAGAAAUAAAAGUCUGCAACAAAUUGAAAGAGGAAUGCAAAAAACUUACUCAGCAGCUGCAAGAUUCUUCUGAAAAGGCCAGGUACUUUUUCAUUCUCUGCGUUUCUCUAUUCACUUUCUUCUCUCUAUGGUGAACAUGCAUGUUUCUAACUGCGGCAAGAUUAGCUCAGUCGGUAGAGCGGUUAACGGCAGAACUGGCAGAGCGGAAGGUCGCAGGCCGGACCAACACUCAGGGUCUUGAAAUAAUUGAGAAAUGAAGGUACUACCUUUGCACUGCAAGCGGUUAGACCUUCCCGUGACUAGGAUGACCGCGUAAAAUGGCUGUCCCGUUUCCAGUUGGAGACUUAGAUAGUGUCCCCAGUUAGUAUAGGCUCGAUUACCAGCCGCUGUUAGGGAAAUCGAGCCUACAAUCUGAUUAAUACUUUCAUACUAAAUACAUUGACACUCGUAAAAAGUACAUUUUUUUUAAUGUUCAUGCAUCUCGGCCGUAACUUAGGUUGUAGUAUUAUGCACGCGUAUGUGAAGCAGAAACUACUCAAACAGCCUCCACGUCUUUGAUACAUAUUAUUCCUUAAAUUUGAGUGAGCAACGAUCGUUGAAGUUUGUUUCAAAGGUCUGUCACAUCGGUUUGUCAUCUCCGAUUAUCCUAAUUCUAGAUCCAGAUUACAAGAGGCCAGUCAAGAAUGUACUGAAAUGAAAAAGAAGCUACAGGAAUGCAUGGCGCAAAGGCGAGAUCUUGCAGAGCAGAACGCGAAGAAGGACAAACUCAUUAAAGAAAGCGAUGAGAACGCCAGAAAACAAGUUGAUCAGGUAAGUACAAAUAGUAAAUCCACGUACCAACUGAGGGUGUACCAUAAUUUGUUGUUUUCGUAAUCGAAAGUUGAGCAGAAUUGAGCGUUAGCUCACGUUAGUUGACGGCGUUAACUGCAAAAAUAACAACUGUAUGGCUUUUUAAAUUGUAACUGACCCAGAGAGAUGCAUCUUCUUUUUUCUUUUCUUUCUUUCUGUUUUUAUUUCCCGAAGAUGUGCCAGUUGCUUGCCACGAGAAACAAUUUAAUGAAAGAAAGGAAGAUUUUAUGUCAAGAGGUUGAAUUCCUGAGAAAACAGUUGAUUCCAAAGACUCCUUCAUUAGCUUUGACACCAGUUGACUCGGCAAGUAACGCAAGUGUUGAGGAUGACGGAGCCGAGGAAAAGGAAAGUUAGAAAUGACUUACGGCAUUUUGUUACUAAAUAUCCUGGAGUGCCAUUUUGCAUGAACAUUUCGCGAUUAUUUCAUACACUCAAGGGGUAUUUCUAUCAUGGGCAUUUUAGUCUCAUUUUUAAUUUAUUCCGCAACCAUGCCAAAAUGGGUAUACAGUUUGUGACGAAAGAGCAAAUAAGACAAUCGUGAUGUUUCACACUUUUCUCUGAGCGUGAGUUUUUAAAGGUAAAAUAAUUUUUAUUUUUUUAAGACCACUACAAACUAAAAUUUUAUUACUUUUAUUUUUAUAUAACUACUUUAUCGUUA